GCGCCCGGUGAUCGUUACUGAUUUUGAUUGUGUUUCUGGACAGUUCUGACAAGACCUCGAGGUCGCAUCUUUUGAAUCAGAACGUUUCCACAAUGUCUCUAUCCCAUCUCUUCAGCGGCCCCCAGGUGGAAAAAGCUUGGGGUCAUACCGAAUCUGGCCUACGUCUUCCCAUCAUCAUGCGUUCAACCACAUCGAAUCGUCGUGGCGAUGCAAAGGCGUGGCCGAGUACCAUCAAGGGCGCAAUAUCCACAGAUACCUCGACUCCUCGGUCACUGCGAAGCAGCCGUUCAUGGUCGAACCUGCACACGAAGCAUGCAAGUGCAGCGUACCUACGCCUAUCAAGGGGGACUCAUGUUCGCGGGUCGGAAGGCCUACCGUUGUUUCAGGCAUACAUGGGAGCUAUCAUUUAUGGCACGCUCGAACUCGGCCACUCCCCAUCGCGGGUGGAAUCGAAGCCUCUCUUCAAUGGCGUGGUCGCUUCUGUUACACUGCUGAAGAAGAUUUUCGUACUGUUGCCAUCCGGUCAGCUACUACAAUACGCGGAGAAUGGACUCAGCAACCGUCUUCCAGAGAGAACGCUGCAGCUAGGCAAGCAGUCCGGGGCUUUUGCUUGCGAUCUCAUGCCCGGCAGAUACUAUGUGCUGCAGGUUUCGAAGGCCGUCGACGCCCACGGUAUCGCCAUUGUCGAUGAAGCGACUGCGCUGCUGUCCAAGUUCGGCAUUCACAAUCUCGAGCCUCGCCAUGCAGCUUCGCGGCUGUUACUCGUCAUGGAGAGUCCCGCCGAUAUGACUGCGUGGAUGAGUGCCAUAAGAGACUGCAUUGACACUUUCAAGGAGCAUCGACCGAAAUAUGCAAUGAAGGCUCGUGGUCCGACGUAUGAGAGCAGUAACACUGGCGACCAGAAAGACAGAGUGUCGUUGGCAAGACUGCUUAGCAAAACAUCGACCGAUGUCGCUGGCGACCUACUGUCCCCGAAGACAGAGGACGACAUGGCGUCGGUAACCAGCUUCUCGGAGACAGUGUUUGAAGAACAACUGGACCACCUAAUGCCGCGCUUCCCCGCUGUUCCGAGCCAGGCCCAGCGACGUGUUCCGCAAGGCCGGUCCCAGCGUUCCAUUGACGAAGCGUCCAUCGGCCGUGGGCACUCGGACGGAUCCCGCAGCAAUGGGCACUCGAGUAGCUCCCGCAGCACCCAGGACAGUCGAUCAUCGCUCGAGUCGGCAACGACAACAAGCCCGUCUAGUGCGAAUGUACCCAGUACGGCAUAUGAAGGCCUCUACUCGUACGCCACAGGCCGAAGGGAAGCCAUCUCGUACGAUGCGACCAAACAGACCCCUUUGCCCAAACGGAACAUCAACACCGCAGUGGAUCUGCACGCGCCGUAUCCGCUGGCCUUGAUGCCGCCAGUGCUGGACGACUACGUGACCUCUAGAGUCACUCCAACCGCACCGCUCCUUCCUAGUGUGACUUUCAAUGGCGAAUCGCGGGAGCGUGGCGAAGCCGCUGCCGGUUCAAGAAAUAACGCUUUCGCAAUCUUCUCGCCCACGCGGCGCGCUGCCGUAGACGCCACCUGUGCACCAGCUAUUGAGAGCAGAUUGCUCCGGCCAUCACCCAACGCACCUUGUGAUUCGGUAGAGUCCUUGGCCUUGCCAUUGCAAGGAAGCCUGCUGUCGGAUGUUCCCGAGUGCACCGGGCGUGACCACCGUGCAACCAUUCAAUCCAUAAUAGAAGGGAUCAAUGGGCCUGAAUUGCCCGAAGCGCCAGGCAAUAAUGAAGCAUGGAUGUGGUGGAUGAGCGCACAGAAGGCAGGGCAAGCGCCUGAUAACAAAUCGACGCAUCGAGCGCAAUCGGCUGCGGCAUGGGACACAUUCGAGCGAUCCGCCUAUUCAUCAGCGUCCACACCUUCUCUGCAAGCCCAAGCCAAGUCGUCUGAGGUGACUACUGCACCUAACCCCGUCGCACAGCCUGAUGCCAGACAGGCACGCUCCCUCCACAGCUUCCAGAUCCCCGCAGCACGCCGAGGCCGACGGUUGAAGGCGUCGAACUCCGCUGCGAGCUUGCGAAGUGUGGAAACAAUGCCGUCGCUGUCGGAGCAUGACUCUGGCGAGGAAACCAGUUCACCGCCGCCGCCACUUGCUCCACGCAAGAAGUCUCCAACGUUUGGGCUUGUGGCGCUGCCCUCAUUGGCGCGUCUACGAGACGACUCGCCCUGCAAAGCAUCGGAGUACGAUACCUCGCCACCGGAGUUUGAUCCAGAUUUUCUGCCAGGCCUACAGGGGUUUGAGCCUCCUCCAACGCUACCUCCAUGGGGUCCAUUGCCGGCCUUACCACCUAAAAGAGAACGUCGGAGCUACCUGUGACAAUGUGCGGAAGCUGCAGGGCCAGAGAAGCUAAUUCGUGCGAUUAUUUGAUUUCUUAACUGUACCAGAGCAGAAUAUGCUUUGACGGAUACAUUGUACAUAGCUGCCCCGGGCGCAUGGAGUCGUCGUCUUCAUCCUUUCUUCGGAGGCAAAAUUACGUUGUCGUUCAUUUACCCUUGAAGUUCCCGGUAGUGCGGAUCGCGGCGCCCCAUCCGACCGCCACUACCACACGUUGACAUGAGUGCGAUACUGAGUGCGGCGUGUACUUUGGACACCAAGUCGUACUACGUUCGUCGAGACCAAAAACGACGAGCCCAUCCGGCUAGCCACAGCUUUCCUGUGUUGUGACGCACAGAGGAA